UAUAAGCCCGGGACCCCGCGGGAUUAAGUUCUCUGCUCUGGACUUGGGAGGCUCCGUUGCCUGCUCCUGGAGGGAGACGCGCUGCAGAGGAGAACACGGCGGGAGAACAUUUCAGGAUAGGAAUAGGCCAAGUGCUGAGAAGAUGAGUCUUAGGAUUGAUGUGGAUACAAACUUUCCUGAGUGUGUUAUAGAUGCAGGAAAAGUCAUCCUUGGGACUCAGCAGAGGCAGGAGAUGGACCCUCGCCUGCGGGAGAAACAGAAUGAAAUCAUCCUGCAAGCAGUAUGUGCACUGCUGAAUUCUGGUGGGGGCAUAAUCAAGGCUGAGAUUGAGAACAAAGGCUACAAUUAUGAAUGUCAUGGAGUAGGAUUGGAUGUGCCUCCAAUUUUCAGAAGCCAUUUAGAUGAGAUGCAGCAGGAAAACCACUUUUUGAUUUUUGUGAAAUCAUGGAACACAGAGGCUGGUGUGCCACUUGCUACUUUAUGCUCCAAUUUGUACCACAGACAGAGAACAUCCACUGAUGUCAUGGAUUCUCAGGAAGCUCUGGCAUUCCUCAAAUGGAGGACUCAGACUCCUAUGAAUAUUAAUGUUUCCAAUUCAUUAAGUCCACAGGCAGCUCAGGGUAGUGUACAAUAUGAAGGUAACAUAAAUGCGUCAGCUGCUGCUUUAUUUGAUAGAAAGCGGCUUCAGUAUCUGGAAAAACUCAACUUUCCUGAGUCCACACAUGUUGAAUUUGCAAUGUUCUCGACAGACGUGUCACACUGUGUUAAAGACAGACUUCCGAAGUGUGUUUCUGCAUUUGCAAAUACUGAAGGAGGAUAUGUGUUUUUCGGUGUGCACGAUGAGACUCGUCAAGUGAUUGGAUGUGCAAAAGAGAAAACAGACCUUACGAGCUUGAGGGCUUCUAUUGAUGGCUGUAUUAAGAAGCUACCUGUCCAUCAUUUCUGCACACAGAGGCCUGAGAUAAAAUAUGUCCUUAAUGUCCUUGAAGUGCAUGAUAAGGGGGCCCUCCGUGGAUAUGUCUGUGCAAUCAAGGUGGAGCAAUUCUGCUGUGCGGUGUUUGCCAAAGUGCCUAGUUCCUGGCAGGUGAAGGACAACCGUGUGAGACAAUUGCCCACAAGAGAAUGGACUGCUUGGAUGAUGGAAGCUGACCCAGACCUUUCCAGGUGUCCUGAGAUGGUCCUCGCGUUGAGUUUGUCAUCUGCCACACCCCGCAGCAGGACUGUGUGCAUUCAUAAGAAUUUGGAAUGUCUGAAAGAGCAGCAGAAACGCUACUUUCCAGUAUUUUCAGACAGAGUGGUAUAUACUCCAGAAAGCCUCUACAAGGAACUCUUCUCAAAACAUAAAGGACUCAGAGACUUAAUAAAUACAGAAAUGCGCCCUUUCUCUCAAGGAGUAUUGAUUUUUUCUCAAAGCUGGGCUGUGGACUUAGGUCUGCAAGAGAAGCAGGGAGUCAUCUGUGAUGCUCUUCUAAUUUCCCAGAACAACACCCCUAUUCUCUACACCAUCUUCAGCAAGUGGGAUGCGGGGUGCAAGGGCUACUCUAUGAUAGUUGCCUAUUCUUUGAAGCAGAAGCUGGUGAACAAAGGCGGCUACACUGGGAGGUUAUGCAUCACCCCCUUGGUCUGUGUGCUGAAUUCUGAUAGAAAAGCACAGAGCGUUUACGGUUCAGAUUUACAAAUUUACCCUGAAUCCUAUAACGUCAUGACCCCCCAGAACAUGGAAGCCCUGUUACAGUCCCUCGUGAUAGUCUUGCUUGGGUUCAAAUCCUUCUUAAGCAAAGAGCUGGGCUCUGAGGUUUUGAACCUACUGACAAAUAAACAGUAUGAGUUGCUUUCAAAGAACCUUCACAAGACCAAAGAGUUGUUUGUUCAUGGCUUACCUGGAUCAGGGAAGACUAUCUUGGCUCUUAAGAUCAUGGAGAAGAUCAGGAAUGUGUUUCACUGUGAACCGGCUAACAUUCUCUACAUCUGUGAAAACCAGCCCCUGAAGAAGUUGGUGAGUUUCAGCAAGAAAAACAUCUGCCAGCCAGUGACCCGGAAAACCUUCAUGAAAAACAACUUUGAACAGAUCCAGCACAUUAUCAUCGAUGACGCUCAGAAUUUCCGCACUGAAGAUGGGGACUGGUAUGGGAAAGCAAAGUUCAUCACUCAGACAGCAAGGGAUGGCCCAGGAGUUCUCUGGAUCUUUCUGGACUACUUUCAGACCAAUCACUUAAGUUGCAGUGGCCUCCCCCCUCCCUCAGACCAGUAUCCAAGAGAAGAGAUCAACAGAGUGGUCCGCAAUGCAGAUCCAAUAGCUAAUUACCUACAACAAGUAAUGCAGGAAGCCCGACAAAAUCCUCCACCUAACCUCCCCCCUGGGUCCCUGGUGAUGCCCUAUGAACCUAAAUGGGCUCACGGUGUCCCAGGCAACUUGGAGAUUAUUGAAGACUUGAACUUGGAGGAGAUACUGAUCUAUGUAGCGAAUAAAUGCCGUUUUCUCUUGCGGAAUGGUUAUUCUCCGAAGGAUAUUGCUGUGCUUUUCACCAAAGCAAGUGAAGUGGAAAAAUAUAAAGACAGGCUUCUAACAGCAAUGAGGAAGAGAAAAAUGUCUCAGCUCGAUGAGGAAUCUGAUCUGUUACUACAGAUCGGUGAUGCGUCGGAUGUUCUGACCGAUCACAUUGUGUUGGACAGUGUCUGUCGAUUUUCAGGCCUGGAAAGAAAUAUCGUGUUUGGAAUCAAUCCAGGAGUAGCCCCACCGGCUGGGGUCUACAAUCUUUUGCUCUGUUUGGCUUCUAGGGCAAAAAGACAUCUGUAUAUUCUGAAGCCUUCUGUGUGACAGGAAACCCAAGCCUAAGAAACAAUUAAGUGGUUCUCAUCUCUAAUUAACUGUGAAACCAUUUAAUCCAAACAUGUAAGCACACACUCACUUAUUAAGUCACAUACUUUUCUAGGUGCUGGGGAUUGAGGACGAAUCGAUGUAAGAUUCCUCCUUUAGGGCAGAGACAGACCACUGACAAAUACACAGAUAGACAAGGAAUUUCCCAUGGUAAUAAGGGAUAUCAGUAAUUAGAGGACCGUGAGACUCAGAGAUUUGUGUGUGUGUGUGUGUGUGUGUGUGUGUGUGUGUGCGCAUGUGUGUAGGUAGAUGGAGGGAGGGGGUGGUUAUUUUGGGUGGUCAGGGAAGUGCUCAGUGAGGGAAGAACUUGUCAUGAGAAUCUCUGAGCAUGCCAGGCAGACUCAGAUAUUUUUAUAAAUUUUUAACAUGGCCACGUGCAGAAAAGCUUGAAUGGGACGUGCAGGGAGAAUGUGAAGGAUGGAGCAGGUAGCUCACCUGGCCUUGUAGGUGCCAGGAACGGGCAAGACAUGUUUUGAAAUGUAAGAUCACAGGCUGUUUUUUGCCAGACCACAUUAUAUUACUUUAUUAUUUUCUGCUUUUUCUUUUAACGGCAUUAGUGGUUUUGAUCACUAUAUUUUAAAAUGCUUUUUGUGAGCCUUUUGGUUAUUUGGAAUCUGUUCCUUAGCUCUGAUUUUUUAUUCUUACGGAGUGUCUUAGGUUACUACAUGAAGGUAAGACUGCCACAGUCCCCCAGGGAGGCACACUGUGUUUUACUGAUUGAUUUGAAGAUGAUAGCCUAGGGGGAUGAGUCUAUUGGACUCAAAGGUUACAUUUUAUUUUUCCAUUUAAUUUAAUAAUCAACAAAACGACAAAGUCAGUUUAAUAUCUUUCUUCUGCUGAGUCUUCAGGAUUUUAGCUAGUCUUUCAAAAGCCAUUGCUACAAAAGUUACAGGACGAUCACUUGAGCUCAGAAGUCUGAGGUUACGGUGAGCUAUGAUCAUCGCAGUGCACUCCAGUCUGGGUGACAGAACAAGACCCAGUCUCUAAAGAAUAAAUAAAUAAAACAAAAAGUAGAAUGUAAAAGUUGUAUACAAAGGCAUUUCUGCUAUCUCAUCUGCCCAGUGUAGUCAUGAAUAGAUGUCACAUAAAGAAAAGAAAAUCAGAAUUCUUGUUAAUAUGGCCAAUUUGAAGGGUGGUGGAGGUAUUGAGCAGGCAGCUCAGGGAAAUGCCAGGGAAACCCUUGAGCACAGAAACUCCUGAUUGUCCCCAAGGACUUUCCGUGGACACAGGAGGGAUUUUCCAGGAUUUCACAUGAAUUCAGUGAAGGGGGCUGUGUCUUAUUCCUGGAUGCUUUGCCUCCUUCGUGGAAUUCAGUGGAUUUAAUGGAAUUUCCUAGGCAACAAUAAAGAGUAGAAACCAGGUUAACAGUGAGGGCCUCAUCUCACACCAGAUCAGAUCAGGCUACACAAAAGUAGAUGGAAGACACCACCCAGGCCUCCAGCUAUACACUGGAGAAGAAGCCAAACAAGUCUACUUCAUCUAAGAAAGUUGUCAAAGAAAGCCCUUCAAUACCAUCUUAAGGUAAAAAGAAAGACUCUACCCAGCUGCCCUGAUUAAGCAUUAGAAAGAUAAGUGUUCUGAUCAUUAGGCAGAAAGACAAUGGGGAAAAUUGUAGAAAAGAAAUAUGACAUGAGCCAGAUGAAGAACCCAUCCUGAAAGGAUAUAUAACUCGGGACAAAAGACAACUCACCAUAGGUUGGGCUCAGUGGAUCACGCCUGUAAUCUCAGCAUUUUGGGAGGCCAAGGCAGGUGGAUCACCUGAGGUCAAGAGUUCAAGACCAGCCUGGCCAACGUGGUGAAAUCCUGUCUUUACUAAAAAUACAAAAAUUAGCUGGAUGUGGUGGUGCACACCUGUAAUAACCAGCUACUCAGAAGGCUGAGGCAAGAGAAUUGCUCGAAUCAAGGAGGCAGAGGUUACAGUGAGCCAAGAUCACGCCAUUGUACUUCAGCCUGGGCAACAAAGUGAGACCCUGUCUCAAAAAACAAACAAACCCUCCCCAUAGAUGUCUCAUGCCAUAGAAGAAUUUGAGAAGUUCAUAAAUUCAAUGAAACAAGAGUUGAAAGCCUGUCCCACUGUACCCAAGUUCUCCCUCUCUGAACUGCAGCCUAGAAACUCUCUACAGGGAGUAAGCUGGGGCAGUCACAGAGGUGACCUCAUCUGUUUCCCACAUCCUGCAUUAGGACAGUGAUCAGGGAUCAGUAUCCUUCAUUGACUGAUUUCCAAUAUCUUGAGACCUGUUGUUUCAUACAUUUUGUCUUAUUUUGUAAUUGUUUCAGGAGGGAGGAUAAAUAUGGUCCCUGUUCCUCUAUCUUGACCAGAAGCAUCUAAGAGGGCAGUGAAGCAACAUGUGUAUAGUUCUUAGGGAAAUAAAUUUUGACCUAAAAAUAUUAAACCUAGUCAAAAUAUUAUUCUAGUACAAAGGCAGCACAUGGCUAUUUUUGAAGAUAAAAGAGUUCUAGAAAUACAGGACCCAUGAAUCAUUCUUGAAGAAAAGUUACUCAGUAAGGAAAUCUAGAUAAGCAAGCAAUAUGUGCAAAUAAAAGAUUAUCGUAAUUGGACCAAAGUUAAGUUUAAAUCCAUUCACAUGUAUAUAAUUAAGAUAUGUAGGAAUUAUAAUUAUAGAAAAGAAUGUUACAAACCUUCACAAAGUAAAAAUAUUUUUAUAUCAGAUAGAUUCUUCUGUUUCAAUCCAUAAAACCAGGGUUUGGAUCAUUUAAAAAAAAACAAACAAAAAUAAUUUAUUGGAAUCAUUAGGGAGCACCUGAUAGAAUAAAACGACAAGCUGACCUGACCAAAUAGGCCUUAGAGGGGAGAGGUGCCUGGGCAGUUACAAGGACCUAAGUGGCAGGGGUGACUUGGCCACAGUCAUUUUCUUUACUUGAUUUAAGAAGGUUAAAUUACAGUGAGAGAGCUGCACUUAUCUAGUUUGCACACCGCACUCAACUCUUAGCAGCACAGGGCAGGUUCCUUGGUUGAAAAAUUUCCACAAAACAUGAUGUAAAGUGGAAAGAUCAGUUCCCCCAAAGAAUAUCAGUUACCAAAGUAGGAUGAAAGGAUGUUGGGUAGAUCAAAACAACAAAUGUCCAUUAUAGCAAUUAACAAAAGUUAGGGAGUGGGGAAGUUUGAGUGCUAAUAUGUAUUUCAAAACAACUUUAAAAAUGGCUCCAAACAUUUUAUGCUUUUUGUAAUUUAGUCACUUUAAUAUUAGAUAAAUCUUCCUGGAACUGAAAGUUCUUGAGUUAAAGAAAAAUAUUCUGUAGUUCAGCUCUUCCUUCAAUUUUAUUAGUUGCUUUUUCUUUUGUUUGAGUGAAAUAAAUGUAAAAAUAAUUUUAAAACA